AUGCUGCAUGAUUCGAGUGAUGACGACGAGAAUGGUGGAGCUGAUAUUGGACAACGAACGGUCUCUCAAAAUCGUCCAGUAGCUCCAUUAAAUCGAUCAGGAAUAAAUAAUAAAUCUGUUAAUGCAAAUAUUGUAUCACCACUAACAUCAACAAAAAGUGAACAUUCGUCAUCAAUAUCAAAAAAUUCUUCAAGUAAUUAUUAUUCUCCUCAAAUAAAUCCACAUCCAUCAUCAACAUCAUCAUCAACACCAACACCAACACAUCGUCAAUUACCAAAACUUCCAACAAAUUCCAAUAGAAUUUCUCCAUCAUUAUCAAUAGGUUCAUCAACAAAUACAAAUAAUUUAUAUGAUAUUCCUCAACCAUCAACUAUUAUUCAAACUGAUUCAACAAGUCUUAAAAGUGAUGAUUCAUCAAAUAUAUCUGAUGGACAUUUACAUCCAUCUCAACAACAUCAACAACAACAACAAUCUUCAAUAUAUAAUCAAGAUAAUAAAAAAGUUAAUCAACAAGAAAAUAUAUCGCGAAGUGUUGGAGGUAUAUCAAUAGAUCGUGUUCCAUCUCCAUCAACAUCAUUAAUAAGUGAUAAUGAACGUGAAGAAACUGAACGUGUUGAACGUGAAUUAGAAUUAAAACGUAAACGUUUACAAAUAUAUGUAUUUGUAUGUCGUUGUAUAUCAUGUCCAUUUAAUUCCAAACAAUCGUCAGAUAUGGCAAGAAAAUAUUUAAAAAUAAAUCUUUCUCAAUAUAAUCUUACUAAAGAAAGAUUUUUAGCUUUUUUAAAUGGAAAAACUCAUAUUGAAGCUGAUGAAGCUUUUAUAAAUGCUGUUCGAUCAUAUUAUGAAGUAUUUCUUAAAAGUGAACGUGUUGGUAAAUUAGUUCAAUCAGGUGGUUCUUGUUCAGAUGAUUUUCGUGAUGUUUUUCGUAUAAAUAUUGAAAAACGUGUACGAAGUUUACCUGAUAUUGAUUCACUUAAAAUAAGCAAAGAUACUGUUCUGGCAUUAUGGAUGUCGAAAUUUGAUGCCAUUUAUAGAGGUCAAGAUCAAGAUCAAGAUAAUGCAAAUAGUAGAAUAUCAAAAUCUAGUUAUAUGUCAACAUCAGCCGAAUUAAUUAUGUCCAAAGAACAAUUAUAUGAUAUGUUUCAAAAUAUAUUAUCGAUUAAAAAAUUUGAACAUCAAAUGAUUUUUAAUAGUGCUCAACUUGAUAAUAAUGAUGAACAAGCUGCAACAAUUCGACGUGAACUUGAUGGUCGAAUGAAACAAGCUGAAUCUUUACAACGACAACGUGGUUUAAUGCCAAAAUUUAUACAUAAAGAAAUGGAUUCAUUAUAUGUUGAUGAAUUAAAAAAAAGUAUAAAUGAUUUAAUGAGUAAUCUUGAAAGUUUACCUGUACGUGGAGGAUCGGAACAAAAAUUUUUAAGAUCAAAACGUAGUAAUAGUCAUAAUCGUCAUGGAAGUUCAUCAGGAAGUUCAUCUUUACUUUAUUCAUCAAAUAAAUCAUUAUAUAAUGAAUCAAAUUUUGAAGAUAAUGAUGCUGGUUUAUCAAAAUUAGCAUUUGUUUUAAAUUUUAAUGUUAAUAUAACAUGUAAAGAAGUACGUGGUUUAAAAUCAAUUCCAACAAAUCGUAUUGUUUAUUGUACAAUGGAAGUUGAAGGAGGAGAAAAAUAUCGAACUGAACAUGCUGAAGCUGGAAAACCUGUUUGGGAAUCUUUAGCUGAAUUUCCAACAAAUCAAAUUUUACCUAUUGUUAAAGUUAAACUUUUUAUGGAAAAUCCUGGUUUACUUAGUUUAGAUGAUAAUAAACUUGGAAAAUUAUCUUUACAAAUUGAUCCGACUUUUAAUAAAACAAAUUGGUGGAUUGAUAUGAUUAAAUGUAAAUAUACAUCAAAUGAACAAUUAAAAGUUAAAUUAGAUGUUAGAAUGGAAAAACCACAAAAUCUUAAAAUGUGUGGAUGGUGCUAUGCUAGAGGAAAAAAUGUAUGGAAAACAUGGAAACGACGAUAUUAUGCACUUGUUCAGGUAUCUCAAUAUUGUUUUGCAACAUGUAGUUAUCGUGAAAGAAAAUCCGAACCAACUGAAAUGAUGCCACUUGAAGGUUACACUGUUGAUUAUGCUGAACCUGAUAAUGGUUUAAUAAUGCAUGAUGGAAAAUAUUUUUUUAAAGCUGUACGUGAAGGUGAUGUUGUUACAUUUGCAACAAAUGAAGAAAAUGAACGACAUAGUUGGGUACAAGCAUUAUAUCGUGCUACUGGUCAAUCACAUAAACCAACACCACCAACAACACAAAUUAAUAAAUCAAAUUCAACAUCAGGACAAAAAGAUCUUUUAGAUUCUGAUCGUUCAAAAAAUCUUGGUUUUGAUGAAUAUAUACAAAGUGAUCCAUGUAAAUUUGAUCAUCAUGAUUUAUUUAAAGCAUUACAAACGGCAACAUUAGAUUUUCGACUUAAUGAUCCAUACUGUUCUUUGGGUUGGUUAAGUCCAGGACAAAGUUAUGUACUUGAAGAAUAUUGUUCUCGAUAUGGUGUUCGUGGUUGUUUAAGACAUCUUUAUUAUUUAAAUGAUUUACUUGAUAGAGCUGAACAAGGAUUUAUGAUUGAUCCUCAAUUACUUCAUUAUAGUUAUGUUUUUUGUACAUCUCAUGUAUCUGGAAAUCGACCUGAUAAUAAUGUUUCAACAAUAACUAUGGAAGAAAGAGAUCGAUUUAGUGAAAUAAAAGAACGAUUAAAACAAUUUCUUGAAAAUCAAGUUACUAAUUUUAGAUUUUCAUUUCCAUUUGGUCGACCCGAAGGUGCAUUAAAAGCAACAUUAAGUUUACUUGAACGUGUUCUUUCAAAAGAUAUCGCAACACCAAUAUCUCGUGAUGAUAUACGAAAUUUUAUUCGGAAAUGUCUUGAAAAUGCUGCAUAUACAAAUUAUACACGAGUUUCAGAUCAAGCCAAAAUUGAAGGAGAACGAGAAAUGCAGCAACAAAAUGAUAAUGAAAUGGUUUAUAAUCGUGAUGAUUCUCCAAGAAAAAAAAUCGAUGAUCUAAUACAUUUAGCUGAAUUAUGUAUUGAAUUAUUACAACAAGAUAGUGAACAUUAUCAAGAAGCAUUUAAACAAUAUAAUGAUUUAUUAAUUGAACAUGAAGAAAUUUUUUGGUCUUUAUUUGCUGUUGAUAUGGAACAUGUUAUUGAUCAACAACCUAUUGAAAGUUGGGAUUCAUUUCCAUUAUUUCAAUUAUUAAAUGAUUAUCUUCGUCAACAUGAUACAUUAUCAAAUGGUCGAUUUCAUCAACAAUUACGUGAUACAUUUGCUCCAUUAGUUAUUCGAUAUGUUGAUCUUAUGGAGUCAUGUAUUGCACAAUCAAUUCAUAAAGGUUUUGAAAAAGAAAAUUGGAAAUCAAAAACUCGAGGAUGUGCAACAAGUGAAGAUAUGCUAUGGAAAUUAGAUGCUUUACAAUGUUUUAUACGUGAUUUACAUUGGCCGGAUGCUAUUUUUGCUGAACAUUUAGAAAAAAGACUUAAACAAAUGGCAUCAGAUAUGAUUGAAGCUUGUGGAAAAAGAGUAUGUCGUCAUUUUGAAAAUUGGAUAAAAAAAGGUGGUCUUAUUGGUGGUACUAGUUCAGAUUAUUUAUUACCAUCUGAAUGUUGUGUUAUGGUUAAUGUUAUACUCGAUUGUAAAGCUCAAGCAUUAAAAUUAUGUGCCUUGCAUAGUGGUGAUCUUCAUCAAUAUCAUACACGUAUUGAUGAAUAUUUAGAAAAAAUUUUAAGUGAUAUGUCAAAAUCCUUAAUACAAAAAUUAGUUAGUGUACUUGAUUCGGUUUUUAAAAAAUUAUCACGUUAUGAUGAAGGAUCUUUUUUUGCUCAAAUACUUUCAUUAACAAAACCAAUAAAUGAAGAUGGUCAAUCAUAUGUAUCAUGUGUAAAUGCUAAUUUAGAACAAUUACGUCAAAGAAUAAGUGAUGAAAUAUUUACAUUAAAUAUUUUUGAAGAAUGGUAUAGACAACAAACUCAUUUUAUAUUUAUAUGGCUUGGAGAAAGAGCAGAAAUAAGUCUUCAUCCAUAUCAAUUAGCUUGUUUAUUAUUAAUUCUUAAAAAAACUCAUGGAAGUUUUGAAUUACAAGGUGUUCAAGAUAAAGAUCUUAAUUCUCAAGCAUAUUCAAGUAUUAUGCAAAGAUUACACUUUGAAGAAACAGCAAAUGCCGUUAAAUAA